ACGAAUUGUUCAUCUUGCUUCAUCUUGCGACACGUUGUAAAAAUAGCGUGCACGUUGGGAGUUACGAUGCUGGUCUCUUGGGUCACAUUUAUUCAAGCGUUCCUAAUACUGAUGGUGAAAGGAGCCGACCAAUGGAGCCUCCGGGAGUCCUCUAACUGCGAGCUAAAAAGGAAACAAAGUGAUCUGAACUCUUUCCUGUGGACCAUCAAACGUAACCCUCCGUCCUACUUCUACGGCACGAUCCACGCCCCUUACACGCGCUGGGACUUUAUCCCAGAGAACUCCAAGAAGGCUUUCCAGGAGAGUAACAUGGUUUACUUGGAGCUGGACCUGACGGACCCCUACACCAUCUCAGCCCUGACCAGCUGCCAGCUCCUCCCCCAGGGGGGAACCCUACAGGACGUUCUACCCAGAGACAUCUACAGACGCCUCAAGAGGCACUUGGAGUACGUCAAGCUCAUGAUGCCAUUCUGGAUGACUCCUGACCAGAGGGGUAAAGGCCUCUACGCUGACUACCUGUUUAAUGCGAUAGCGGGGAACUGGGAGAGGAAGAGGCCUGUGUGGGUGAUGUUGAUGGUGAACUCGUUGACGGAGGCGGACAUUAAGACGAGGGGGGUCCCGGUGUUGGAUCUGUACCUGGCCCAGGAGGCAGAGAGGAUGAGGAAGAGAACAGGAGCUGUGGAGAAGGUGGAGGAGCAGUGUCACCCACUCAACGGACUCAACUUCUCUCAGGUGAUCUUUGCCCUGAACCAGACCCUUGUACAGCAGGAGAGUGUGAGAGCAGGCAGUCUGCAGGGCUCCUAUACCACUGAGGACCUCAUCAAGCACUACAACUGUGGAGACCUCAACUCCAUCAUCUUUAACCAUGACACCUCUCAGGUCCCCAACUUCAACAACGUGACCCUGCGCCCCAGCGAACAGAUAACGGCCCAGGAGAUAGACAGCUACUUCAGACAGGAACUGAUCUACAAGAGGAACGACAGGAUGGGGAACAGGGUUAAGACUCUGAUGGAAGAACACCCUGACAACAGCUUCUUCUUCGCCUUCGGAGCAGGUCACUUCCUGGGCAACAACACAGUGAUUGAUGUGCUGAGGAGUCAAGGCUAUGAAGUGGAGCACACUCCUGCAGGGCAGCCCAUUAACAGUCGAUCGAUAUCGGCCCCCGACCAGACGGGUCAUUCUCUGGGUCACAACCUGGAUGAGUCCCCUUACCUGGAGCCGUUCCUCCACGAGCUUCAUGAUGAGGAACAACAGCACCCUCUGCAGGACAACCCACUACCCAACAUACCUCGUCACUCCCCCAGCCUGGAGCUGAUGAACACGAUGGACCACAAGCUGAAGAAGAAACGACGUAACAAACAGAGGAAACAUCAGAGAAACGGACAGUUUAAUGACCUCUGGGUUCGCAUCGAGGAGAGCACCACAGUCGAGUCCCCUCCUCCUCCGCUGGUCCGUCUUAUUAAUGGUUACAUCACCGUACGGCCUCACCACCACGACCACGAGAGAGGCCACGCCCACGCCAGAGCCAAUUACAACAGGUUGUUUUCAGGCUCCUCCGCCUCUACACCCUUGUGUGUCUUCUGGUUACUAUUUACAGUGUUGGGUCACAUCUGGACUCUCUAGUAGCUGGUCUGUACAGGAAGUUACUGGUUCAAAACCCUCCUGCUAACAUCUGGACUCUCUAGUAGCAGAUCUGUACAGGAGGUUACUGGUUCAAAACCCUCCUGCUAAUAUUAUCUGGACUCACUAGUAGCAGGUCUGUACAGGAGGUUACUGGUUCAAAACCCUCCUGCUAAUAUCUGGACUCUCUAGUAGCAGGUCUAUACAGGAGGCUACUGGUUCAAAACCCUCAUGCUAAUAUCUGGACUCUCUAGUAGCAGGUCUGUACAGGGGGUUACUGGUUCAAAACCCUCCUGCUAACAUCUGGACUCUCUAGUAGCAGGUCUGUACAGGAGGUUACUGGUUCAAAACCCUCCUGCUAACAUCUGGACUCUCUAGUAGCAGGUCUGUACAUGAGGUUACUGGUUCAAAACCCUCCUGCUAACAUCUGGACUCUCUAAUACCAGAUCUGUACAGGAGGUUGUUGGUUUAAAAUCCUCCUGCUAACAUCUGGACUCUAGUAGCAGCUCUGGUCUAAAGCACGAGGUUAUUGGUUCAAAUCCCUCCUGCUCACAAUGAAUCAUCUAUUUCAACACACAUUGGGGGCGAAUCCAAACUUUCCCUUACGUCAAAUUUUCAGUUAAUCAUGCAUUGAUGUCGAGUGACAAUGUGACUUAAAGGAAUACAUCAGGAUUUGGGCAAUUAAGCCAUUUAUGUACUUUCCCAGAGUCAGAUAAACUCAUGGAUACAAUUUGUAUGUCUCUGCAUCUAGUAUGAAGAAAUGUACAGGUAGUUUCGCGAGCCAAUGCUAACUAGCGUUAGCGCAAUGACUGGAAGUCUAUGUUAUCUACUAGCAUGAAAUUGCGCUGACGCUAAUUAGCGACUUCCUUCAAACUUCCCUCAGGGGCAUGAAAAUGGUGUCCACAAGUUCAUCUGACUCUGGAGAAGUAGAUAAAGGGCUUCAUUGCCAAAAUCCUGCAGCAUCCCUUUAAUGGAAGUUAGGAUUUGUCCAAAUCCAUCUCGACUGGAUCUUUUACGUGUUUAUUAUUUCAAAUGUUUGUAGUUUGUUUUUGUUUUACAGCAGCAAUGUAUUAUAAUAACCCAAACGGCUCUUACUCUGACAAGAUUGUUUUCUUCCAACCCCCUUAAUUCAUUUAUUCUUCACUUUUUGAAGAAUGUGUUUUGUAUCGCAUAAUACUGUGGGAAUUGUAUAUAUCUACAUAUUAUAGAUUGUAUUUUAGAAAUAUGACAUUUUGAAUGGUUGAAUGUGUUUUGUUUAUUGUUGUUGUUUAUAAAUAGAUACAGUAUAUUUUCUAGACUAAACUGGUACUAACCACCAUAACCCGUAUUUGACAGCCUGGUUCCCGAUCUGUUUGUGCUGUCUUGGCAUUGACCAUCGGGCAGGGGUAUUGAAAUCCGAGCCUGGAGGUCCAUAAUACUGCUGGUUUUAUGUUCCACCUGAAAAUUAAUUUCAUCCACCUGGUGCCCCAGGUCUAAAUCGGUCCUUGAUUUAGAGGCAAUCAGCAGUGGAACUGGCUUCAAGGUCAAUGUUUUGAAUUGGCUAUGUUAUAGGAGUUGGCUAGACAGCACAAAUAUACCUGGAACCAGGCUACAUAUCUCCUCUAGGUUGUAAUGUGACGUCUGAGAGAAACAAUCCAAACCAGUGUUAUCUAUGGCUUGUUGUCUGAGAGAAACGAUCCAAACCAGUGUUAUCUGUUGUCUGGGAGAAACGAUCCAAACCAGUGUUAUCUAUGGCUUGUUGUCUGGGAGAAACGAUCCAAACCAGUGUAAUCUAUGGCUGGUUGUCUGGGAGAAACGAUCCAAACCAGUGUUAUCUAUGGCUGGUUGUCUGGGAGAAACGAUCCAAACCAGUGUUAUCUAGGGCUUGUUGUCUGGGAGAAACGAUCCAAACCAGUGUUAUCUGUUGUCUGGGAGAAACGAUCCAAACCAGUGUUAUCUAGGGCUUGUUGUCUGGGAGAAACGAUCUAAACCAGUAUUAUCUACGGCUUGUAGUCUGGGAGAAAUUAUCCAAACCAGUGUAAUCUAGGGCUGGUUGUCUGGGAGAAACGAUCCAAACCAGUGUUAUCUAGGGCUGGUUGUCUGGGAGAAACGAUCCAAACCAGUGUAAUCUAGGGCUGGUUGUCUGGGAGAAACGAUCCAAACCAGUGUUAUCUAGGGCUGGUUGUCUGGGAGAAACGAUCCAAACCAGUGUUAUCUAUGGCUUGUUGUCUGGGAGAAACGAUCCAAACCAGUGUUAUCUGUUGUCUGGUAGAAACGAUCCAAACCAGUGUUAUCUGUUGUCUGGGAGAAAUGAUCCAAACCAGUGUUAUCUAUGGCUUGUUGUCUGGGAGAAACGAUCCAAACCAGUGUUAUCUGUUGUCUGGGAGAAACGAUCCAAACCAGUGUUAUCUAUGGCUUGUUGUCUGGGAGAAACGAUCCAAACCAGUGUUAUCUGUUGUCUGGGAGAAACGAUCCAAACCAGUGUUAUCUAUGGCUUGUUGUCUGGGAGAAACGAUCCAAACCAGUGUUAUCUGUUGUCUGGGGAGAAACGAUCCAAACCAGUGUUAUCUAUGGCUUGUUGUCUGGGAGAAACGAUCCAAACCAGUGUUAUCUGUUGUCUGGGAUAAACAAUCCAAACCAGUGUUAUCUGUUGUCUGGGAGAAACGAUCCAAACCAGUGUUAUCUAUGGCUUGUUGUCUGGGAGAAACGAUCCAAACCAGUGUUAUCUAGGGCUGGUUGUCUGGGAGAAACGAUCCAAACCAGUGUUAUCUGUUGUCUGGGAGAAACGAUCCAAACCAGUGUUAUCUAAGGCUGGUUGUCUGGGAGAAAUAAUCCAAACCAGUGUUAUCUAGGGCUGGUUGUCUGGGAGAAACAAUCCAAACCAGUGUUAUCUAGGGCUGGUUGAUUGUCUAUCAUAUGCUGAGAGAAUUAUGUUUUGAUAUUUUUACAUAAUUUGUUUAAUUUAUUUAACUUUAUAGUUGUAGGUAAUCUAAACAUGUCUUGUGGUUGUUGUUGUUCAACCCCAAUGUGAUUUUGUUCAUUCUCUCUCCAGCCUCCCAGUCAGCCUAAAGGCUGGUUUAUAUUCGAUCAAACAACAUGUCUGUAGACUACUAGAAUGUGACGUGUCCACAGACCGUCUUUAGACCGACAGUAAAUCAACCUUAAGUUUGGAUCAUGUACUACUGUAUAGCAGCAGAUUGAUGAAAUGAGUUGUAUAAGGUUGUAGCUCACUGAAAUGAGUUGUAUAAGGUUGUAGCUCACUGAAAUUAGUUGUAUAAGGUUGUAGCUCACUGAAAUGAGUUGUAUAAGGUUGUAGCUCACUGAAAUGAGUUGUAUCCUGUUGUAGCUCACUGAAAUGAGUUGUAUCCUUUUGUAGCUCACUGAAAUGAGUUGUAUCCUGUUGUAGCUCACUGAAAUGAGUUGUAUCCUGUUGUAGCUCACUGAAAUGAGCUGUAUAAGGUUGUAGCUCACUGAAAUGAGUUGUAUCCUGUUGUAGCUCACUGAAAUGAGCUCUAUAAGGUUGUAGCUCACUGAAAUGAGCUCUAUCCUGUUGUAGCUCACUGAAAUGAGCUGUAUCCUGUUGUAGCUCACUGAAAUGAGUUGUUUCCUGUUGUAGCUCACUGAAAUGAGUUGUAUCCUUUUAUAGCUCACUGAAAUGAGUUGUUUCCUGUUGUAGCUCACUGAAAUAAAAAUUUUGAGAACAAUAAAAUAUUUAUCCAGUUAAA